AUGGCCGGACGGGUAUUUGUGGGCCCGGAGCUUAACCGCAACGAAGAAUGGCUACACAUCUCCAGCAACUUCAUGAUGGAUGUCUAUAUUGCAGGCAAUGCCCUGUAUAAGUACAGCCACUUCAUGCGUCCAUUUGCAGCCAGGUUUCUGGUGCCAGAGAUUCGCAAGGUGUGGAGGCAUCAAGCCACAGCGAAGCGUCUGCUCGUUCCGAUUAUGGAGCAGCGUCAAAGGGAUGCAGCAUCAAACCCCAACUUUAAGAAACCAAAUGACAUGAUUCAGUGGCUCAUGGAUAACAACGCGAAAGAGAAGCACCAUCGCAGUUUUGCGGAGCUGGCGAAAUUGCAUUUACUUGUCCGUUUCUCAGCAUUGCAUACAUCUACUCUCGCUACGACGCACUUUCUCUAUGAUCUCGCCGCACGACCAGAGUAUGUUGAGCCUCUACGGGAAGAGAAAUAUGCCAUACAUAAGGCCUCUAACGGCAUCCCAUCCAAAUUUGACUACAACAAGAUGAUCAAGAUGGAUAGCUUCAUGAAGGAGUCACAGCGGCUGAACGCCCCAAGUUUGAUGACAUACAGUCGGCUGGUAUUGAAGGAGUUCACACUCAGCAAUGGAGUAAAGUUCACUCCUGGAACUUACAUCCUCGCCCCUGGAGCUCUUGUAUCCUUGGAUGAUGACGUUUGGGAGUCGGCAAACGAGUUUCGCGGCUUCCGUUUCGCUGAUUUGCGAUCCAGAAGCAAGGAUGAUAUGCACAAAUUCCAAUUCACAACAAUUACUCCAAAGGCCUUGCACUUUGGUCACGGUCGCAAAGGUUGUCCAGGCAGAUUCUUCGCCAGUUAUGAGAUGAAGGCUAUUUUCUCUCUUAUAAUUGAGACUUUUGAUAUCAAAUUACUUGAUGAAAAAGCCGGAAGGCCGGCAAACAAAAUCUUCGGUGCAGCUAUAACUCCAGGUGCAUUGGGACACCGCAUACCUUUUUGCUUCGGCACAUGUUACAGGCUAACUGGGGAUUAG